CAGCAAGACCUGGUCAGAAAUUUUCUCACGAUUCAGUCGAGUUUCAGCCGAAGCCGGAUCGAGAUCGCACAAAUUUUUGCAUAGUCGCGUGCGCAUCCCGCAAGAGCACGUGUUUCCAUCUCGUUCGCGCAUCCGGGUCAAGUGGGAAAACGGAAAGGGAUAGCACACUGUGAAUAUUCUUUUUGAAAAGUGUGACCUGCUGCUGCGGUGCAGAUAAAGGAAUUUUCGCCUCAAUUCCUUUUUCCGCAAUAAUUGGGUGAUAUUCUGGUUUCGAGACUGGAUUUCGAUUUCGACGAAGCGUAAGGCGCAGCAGUUAAGGAUAGUUGCUAUUUCCGAUUGUUUGUCAACGCCAAAUCUAGUGGGUUAAGUGCGAAUAACGAGUCCGAACUUUUGGUUGAAUUAGGUGCAAAACCAUAGGCCAAAAUGGUCUAAAAAUUUUGCGCAGAAGAGAACAGGAUAAGCAAAAAUAGCUGAGCAACCACUCCCGAACAACUGACAUCCGACAGGCAAACGGCCAGACCAUAAAGGAAAUGGGGUUGUUGUUUUUGGAAAAUCUUACGUCUUUUCCACUACUUCUCGGUUCAUGUGUAUAAGUUAAGCCCGUCGUGCGGGAAAUUCCCUGCGCUCAAGUGCGAAAAAGAUGUUGCAACUUGUGGAACAUGGGAAAUAAAAUGAAUCGUUGUUUCGAAAUUUAUGAGUUAUGAAUCAGCAUAAAGUUGUGUAUCCAAACGAGAGUAAAUGAAAUUGGCGAGAAGUGCCGGAAAUUCAAAUAAACAGACGCAGACGAAGUAACGGAAAACAUAAACAGUGAAUAAAGCGUUGCAGUUGGAGAAUGUAUUACGUGUACAAUUGUUACAGUUAAUACAUAUUCGAUAAACAGUAAACACAAGAAUACCAGAUUUUCAAUAACUAUUAUCUAAGAUGUCGCACCUGUUUCCAAGUGCAAAGGGUGAUCAGUUAUGUCCGCUUGGAUUUCACCCGCAAGUGCGCUGGCCUACACGUUGCAAGCGCUGCUUCCGUGACUACAAGGAACAUGGGAACAAACGAGGCGGAGAAGACAUAACAGCUUCCACACCGGUCCUGCCAGGCUCAUCCCAAUCGCGGAGUCGCGAUGGGGGCAGUAGCACAAGUUUGGACAAACCAGUGCGAAGUUGGACGUCAACUCAGAACCUGUACAAUUCCAAUGCUGGUCAAAAUCAAAGUGGGAUAUCGAUUGGUCCCCCCAGACCCGCUUCCUGGGCUUCGACCCCAGACCUUGAUAGUAUUCUGCAGAAUGUGAAAGCUGACCUGACAGUAAAUCUGACGCUCCCACGUCGAAGGCACACAACCACGUUUGAUAGUUUGGACAACUUGGAAACCACAGUCACUAUCAAGAGACCACCACUUCCUCCCAUUUUGAAAGUGGAACCGAAGAAAGAUGAGAACAAGAAGGAACUGGAGAAAGCCGAAGAUCAAGGGGUGGUAAUUGAAAAAGGGGACUCACUAGCAGAAAGAGUGCGUAAAAUGAAUCUCAUGAAACGACAAAGUAGUACCGAACGUGAAACUCUGUCACGUGAAAAAUCGGUUCCUCUGAAAGAGGAGGAUCAUACAGCCACAGGCUCCUCCGUAAGUUUAAAAUUGCCUAAAGAAAUUGAACCCGAGAAGGUGGAACGAAAACGUCGUGUUAUUAAACCCAUUCCAGAAACCACAGAAGUGGAAGCACCGAGCAAACCUCAACUAUCACUAAGUAAAACUACAAUAACUUCCACGAAAGCCAGUAUUGGUGCUUCAACACUUGCUCCAGUGAAGGAAAAAGAAACUAAAAAAACGAAGACUACUAGCGAAGAAUCCGUUAAAGAUACUACGAAAAUCAUACGUCGAAAACGAAUUGAUGCAGGGCCUUUUGAAUCUGCUUCUAAAACGGACACAAUUCCUCAGAAGCUAUCCUCUUCCAGCCAUACUGCCCCUAAGCCAAUAGUCGACGCGCCGUUAGCCAGCAGCAGUAGUGAUGAUGUUAAAUUUCUUUUCUCGAUCAAGGAUAACAAAUCGAAACUGGACGAAGACCUACAUUCGAUUUCUACCGAAACAACUGAAACAACUAUAGUUGAUAACUCAGAUAAUCGUGAACUGCAGGAAGAAAUUGAAAGUCUAAAACGUGAACUGGAAACCGUUAAAGCACGUUGCGAUCGAGCUGAACGAGAGAAGAGCGAUAUACUUCUUCGUCGACUAGCUUCAAUGGACACCGUCUCAAACAGAACUGCAGCAUCUGAGGCACUCAAGUUACAACAAAAAGUAAACGAACAAAAACAAUUCAUCGAGGAUCUUCAAGAUGAAAAGAAAUUUCUUUCUGCUAAAGUUAAAGAGCUGGAAACGGAUGGUAAAACACGUGGUGUUAAAAAUGUAGAAGAACAGCUUCGUCAAAAACUGGAGCAGGCCGAAACAUUAUGCGAGGAACUUAUGGACGAGAAUGAAGAAAUUAAAAGGGAGCUUAGAAACAUGGAAACAGAAAUUGAAGAAAUGCACGAUAACUUCCGCGAAGAUCAAGCCGACGAAUAUGCUUCGUUGAAAAAAGAACUGGACCAGACAACCAAAAAUUGCCGGAUUCUUUCUUUCAAACUAAAGAAAUCGGACCGUAAAAUUGAACAGUUGGAAGCUGAAAAGGCUUCUUUGGGUACCAAUACGGAUUUAGCUACCCGCGUUAAACAACUGGAGGAUGAAUUGAAGAUAGCAAACGAAGUAGCACGGCGAUUACAAAGUGAAGUUGAACAAAAUGAAUCAAAUCCUUCGACUCCGACGACUAAGAAAGCCCCAGCUUUAGGUAAAAUUGGUAAAUCAACCUCUGCGGACAACAAAAUUUCUCGGGCGUCACUAACCCGAGGAGGAUCCCAGGAAGAUCCAGUGCAACUAUUACGCGAUCUCCAGGAUUCUUUAGAACGGGAAGCGGAUCUACGCGAACAACUUAAAUAUGCCGAAGAAGAAGCUGAGGGCAUGCGACGAAAAUCGGGUCGAGUGGAAGAAGAAAAUGAAUCUCUCAUGAUGCAGCUGAAGAAGAUGGCUUCCAAAGCUAAAACGAAAAGUUUCUUCGGGGCUGGCAGGAAACUCAGUCCAAGUCCACCAACUCGUCGUGCUGUUCCAGAAGAGAAGGACGAAGGUAUAUCGGACGAAGAUGAUCCUGCCGAAUUGCGCCUGCAGCUAGAACUGAACGAACAGGAGACUGCGGUAUUGCGACGCAAAAUCGAGGAACUAGAGAGCGAAAACAAACGUAGCCGCGAACAUGCUAAAGAGUUGCAGGAAAGUUUAACAUCGAAAACUAAGGAAAUGGAUAAACAAAGCAAAUUUCCUCAGUUAUUUGGGUCGAAGUCCGGCAGUUCUAAAGAUCCACUAGAUGAGAAAAAGAUCAAAGUUAUGGAAGAGGAAAUCAGUGAACUGCGCAUGAAACUAAUCGAGAAAGAUCGAGAAGUAGAAAGGGUACAGGCAGAACUUAGCAUCGCGAAGACCAAAGGCGGAAAAUCGUUAACUAAAUCCAAAUCAUUAGAUGCCGACCAACAGAUUCAAGAUUUGAAAAGACAACUACAGGUCAUUGAACAGGAGGCAAGUGUUCUUAGAGAAAAAACCCAAACACUGGAACAAGAAAAUGAAAAGCAUUGUACGGAGAUUAAGUCUCUACAACAACGAAAAACUACACCCGCUAGUGAAGCAGAAACCAAAAAGCUUAGCUCCACUAUUCAAGAGCUACAAAAGGAAAAGAGUGAGUUAGAAGGCAAACUCAAACGCAUCACUCAGGAAUCUACUGCUAACUUACCAUCGAGAACAGCAAAAGCUCCAAAUGAUAUGCACACAAAACUUCAAUUGAAGAAAAUGGUUGAGGAUUGUGAAAAGGAAAUUUCCGAGUUGAGGGCUAUCGUGGGUCGUUCGGGUGCGAUAAACAUUUCCUCACUAGAGAGUGAGAAAAAUCAACUUGAAUCUGAUCUAAGGGAGUCUCGGGAGCAACGAUCGAAGCUGGAAGCAGAAAUUAAAAAGUUGUCCGCUUCAAAGGCAUCCGCAGAACAACAGGUUGUUAAAUUAAAUGAUGCUCAGCGAACAGUUCAAAAGUUGGAGGAUGAGAAUAUGAAACAGAACGAUAAAAUCAAAGUGCUGGAAGAAAAAAUUACAAAAGUUACUUCUUCGAUGAAAGCUACUGAAACCAACAAGUCGAAAUUGGAAAUGGAACUUAAAGCGGAAAAAGAUAAAACAUUGAAAACCGAGAAAGAUAUAGAUACCUUACAGAGGGAAAAAAUCAAAUCUGAAAGCAAAGUGAAGAGUCUGGAAAAGGAACUGCAGCAAGAGAAGCUAAACGCUGAAUCGUUGAAGGAAAGUUUGGAAAAAGAAAUUGAAAGCAUCAAACGACAAUCUACAGCAGCAGAUCCUGUGUCGCACAAAAUACAGGAACUCAAUAUAAAAAAUGAAGAGCUCAUAAGUAAACUCGAAGAUGAAAACAAACGCUACCAGCUUCUGGUAUCUAAACAUGAAACCCUGGAAGAGGAUCACGUCAUGUUGAAAGCACAGAUCGAAAACUACAAACCGAAGCUGGAAGAGCUAGAAAGUUUGAAGAAAAAGUUAUCGCAAGCUGAUAAUAUAGAGGCACGUUUGGUUAAGGAAAAUACCAACAUGAGCCGCCGGUUGGUGGAAAUGCAAAAGAGACAGGCCGAACUGGAGAGCAAUAUUGACAGCCGGUACACAUCCUUGGAGCUAGAAAAGAACCGAAUCAAGAGUUCUCUGGAGGACAAACUGCAGGAGUACGACAAAUUGAAUAAAGAAAACGAAAUGAACGCCUACCAAGCUGCGCAGCUGCGAAAAGAUAAUGAUGAUUUGAGAGGUAAAUUGGAUGAUUACGAAAGAAUCAACAAAGCACAGCGUACGCUGAGCGAACACAAUUCGCACUUGGAACAGGAACUCAAAAAAAUGCAGGUUCAGUUGGAAUCUGCAGAACUUAACGUUAAAUCUGAGGUCGCUGCCACCAGACUACGGUACGAGCAACAAGUUACAAACUUGCACAACGAGCUAACCGGUUUGCAACGUCAAUGUGAACGUUUCAAGCGAGAUCGUGACACUUUCAAACAGCUGGUAGAAGCGGCCCAGAAACAGAUCGGUGAUAUGAAGGCAAAUCGACGCAGCCUGGCAUCGGUUACUAGCACUAGCAGUGACGACGAUGACAAAUCAAAGAUAGUGGCACUAGAGCAGCAAAUAGGUUGCCUAGAGGAUGAACUGAGCGAGGCCCGAUUGGAAGCGAGCAAAGUACGCACCGAGUUGGUAUCUGAGCUGAGUGCAUCAGAAAUCAAGAUUUCUGAAAUGCAAUCCAAGAUCAAUGAACUGGAGGAGGAGAAAAUUAUUUCUGGUGGAAAGAGCAAGGUUCCUGGAACAAAAACUAGGCUAGAACUUUCCUGGCAGAAGGAACGUGAGGAUAUGCAAAGGUUGGUUCAGGAAACCUCCACAUUAGCUAGAGAUUUGCGACAGACCUUGUUCGAGGUUGAACGAGAACGAGACAAGGAGAAACUAGAAUCUAGACGUAAGAUAGAUCAAAUCAAAAAGACAACCGAAGAAGAGAUCGAGGAGGGUAGACGAAAGGUAACGGAACUUCAAAGCGAUUUACUCGAGUUAAGAGAUGCGCACGCCAAGCUGCGAACUGCGAAUGAGAAACUGAGACGCGAUCGAGAGCGUUAUGAGCGGGAAGGCGGUACCCGCAGAAGAUUAGAAGCCGAAGGUGAGCGUAGAAUAUCGAUUGUAUUGCAAAGCAUCGACGAGUUGGUGAGAAUAGCUCCAGAUAUACAGAAAACACCUGGAAGGCCCGAUACUGUUACGACCACUACAAGCACUGGAAAGACUAUAACAGCAAACACACCCAUUCCAACACCUCCUAUGCGCCACAAAAGUCCAUCUCCCGGGCCGGAUGGCGCUGCACCACGGCCACAAUCAGUAUCGUCAGUAUUAUCCCGACUGGCGGAGGCAUCUGAGGAGCUUAGACGCUACCAACGGAUGUGUGAUGAAGAAAAAGACAGAGAACGGAUGCGGCGUGGCGGCAUGAGACGAGCCGCCUCCCAGGAAAAUGAUUCCAUCGAAGGACACACGGGAAGACCGGUUAUGCGACUCAACCGGAAUGGUGGCAGUUUGUACAAGAAAAGUCUUUCGUUGGAUCAGUCCUUGCAAAUCGAACAACCACAGCUUAUAUGGAAAGAAGGAGAUGACAGCAUGUCAUCCUUGCAAUCCCUCGAUUCUGAGUAUGGGGCAAUGAUACGGGCCAACCGAGAUUCCAGCCUCGAUUCGCGACUUUCCGGAGGAUCCACUCAGAGCGAUAUGCCCCGCAUGCGAAAGAAAAAGCGUGGUAUCAUGGGAAAACUACGCAGCCUGAGCCUAUCCCGGAAUAAAGGAAGCGAAAGCGAUUAUUCGAUACAAGGAUCCGACUCCGAUCUGAGUAUCGCCGGUGAUAUUUCUUCUAGCAAGAGUAAUUUGAAAGGCAAGCUGUCGGGAAUGUUCCGGCGUUCCGGAUCAGCUACCCGAUCGAGCAGUAACGAAGCGCUAGACAGAGGAAUGCAAAGACCAGUUGCUAUUCAGACUCUAGGGAACGGUCCAGCGGUAGUGACUGGCCAACCACCAAUUCCGCGACCAGUUUCUGCUAGCACACCGCAUUUAGCAAGGCAAACCGGAAAACCGCCUACUCCUUCGAUUGUUCCGGCACAAAGAAAGAGGGUAGUGGCUUCGCCCGGGCCGCCGCCGACCGGAACGUUACCACGGCAAUAAUUUUUAUGUUGAAAGACGAAUGCCAUUUUACUGACAGACCAAGACAGUGAAAAUUGUUUAAAGCGAAAGAUAACGGCUUUAUUUCGUGUCGAUAUUAGAUAGAGCAUUGAAUUGAAGAAAAAAAUGAUUUAUACCUAAGUUGUUUCCUUCCCGUUGAAAUUAUAGAAUACUAUUUGUUGAAAU